CCACACGGCCCCCACAUGCCAGCCGUCGUCGCCAGACGCCAGCAAGUUUUUCGUGCGCAAUUAUCUUCGCCACUCGCCAGCGUUUCACCAUACUGUGGCCAGAUCACAGAUCAGCACACUUCUCCGUCCACGAACGAGCUCGGCUCCAGUCGAAGCCGCCACGCCUCAAACAAGAGGGUCACCACGGCGAUGGACAAGCGCGGCAGCUCGUCCGACGACGUGGAGGCGCCGCUGCUCCCGCCGCCGCCGCCCGCGCGCGACGACGGUGCCAAGGAACGGCCGUCGUCGUCUUGGGUGCGCGCGCUGCUCGCGCACAGGUACCCGGCGGUGGCGUCGGGCCCGGCGGCGGCCGCGGCCGUGUGCGUGCUCGUGGACCUCGGCUUCGGCGCUGGGGGCGCCCACGCCAACCACCACCACCACCGCGAGGCCCGCAACAUGCUCGCCGUGCUCGCCUGGGUCUUCCUCUGGUGGGUCACGGGCGCCGUCCCGCUGGCCGUCGCCUCCAUGGCGCCGCUCUUCCUCUUCCCGCUCUUCGGCGUCGCCUCCGCCGACGCCGUCGCCAAGGCCUACAUGGACGACGUCAUCUCGCUCGUCCUCGGCAGCUUCAUCCUCGCGCUCGCCAUCGAGCACUACCAAAUCCACCGCCGCCUCGCCCUCAACAUCACGUCGCUCUUCUGCGGGGACCCGGUGCGGCCGCCGCUGCUGCUGCUGGGCAUCACCGGCACCACCUUCUUCGUCAGCAUGUGGAUCCACAACACGGCGUGCACGGUCAUGAUGAUGCCAGUGGCGACAGGGAUCUUGCAGAGGCUGCCGCGCGGAGGCGGCGACGCCGGGGCGCACGGGGAGGUCCGCCGCUUCUCCAAGGCGGUGGUGCUCGGCGUCGUCUACGCGUCGGCUAUCGGCGGGAUGGCCACGCUGGCGGGCACCGGCGUCAACAUCAUUCUCGUCGGGAUGUGGUCCACCUACUUCCCGGAGCAGCAGCCCAUCACCUUCAGCUCCUGGAUGUGCUUCGGCCUCCCCAUGGCGCUCAUCCUCUUCUUGGCACUCUGGAUCACGCUCUGCCACAUGUACUGCUCCAAAAACACCGGAAAGGCACUCUCUGCUCACCUCGACAGAAGCCAUCUCAGAAGAGAGCUCAGCUUGUUAGGUACAAUGGUUUUUGCAGAGAAGAUGGUCUUGGCAGUGUUUGGGGGUCUAAUUGUGCUAUGGAUGACCAGGAACCUUACAGAUGACAUGCCAGGGUGGGGAGCUCUCUUCCACAACAAAGUUGGAGACGGAACAGUCACCAUCAUGAUGGCCACGCUACUCUUCAUAAUUCCAAGCCGGAAGAACAAGGGCGAGAAGCUGAUGGACUGGAACAAGUGUAGGAAGCUCCAGUGGGACAUUAUCCUCCUCCUGGGGGCAGGAUUCGCCAUUGCCGAAGGAUUCAGGUCAAGCGGCCUCACUGAUAUCCUCUCUGACGGGCUCAGGUUCCUGAAGGGUGCAGAGACGGCGGUCAUUGUACCUGUGGCCUGCAUCGUCAGUGGUGUCAUCACGGAGUUCACCUCUGACGAUGCGACCACGACGCUGGUGCUCCCCCUGUUCGCUGAAUUGGCGAAGGCGAUCAAUGUGCACCCAGCGUUCCUUAUGGUUUCUGGAGCUGUUGGGGCUCAGCUUUCCUACUUGUUACCUACUGGAUCGCCGUCAAACGUAAUUGGGUUCAGUAGUGGCCACAUUACCAUCAAGGAUCUUGUGAUCACAGGACUGCCCCUGAAAGUUGUCGGGAUCGCAGCUCUGACAAUCUUGAUGCCAACUCUAGGAUCACAGGUUUUUAGCACAGACAGCAAGUUCUAGGAGUGGAAUGCAAAUUUUGGACUGUUUAUCCCUCCAAGUCCAGUUGUAUAUAUGUACAGUACUUUCCUUAUCUCGUAUCUGUGUCCUAGUCAAAACUAUGGGGGCUAUACACUUUGAUCUGUACAAGGUUAAACUUUGAGAUUUGUAUAUGCAAUCUCUUUGUGAAAAAUAGCUAUAGAAAUGCACCUUGAGAGCUAAAUGAAGUCAAAGGGAGAGCAAUUUAAAAUUCAAGAGGAACUUAUCAGCCCAUCCUAACAUGGGAAGCUCAAUCCUAUUCCAAAACUUCAGCAUACAAAGGAUGAUGGAUUUGAAACGGAGGAAAUUUCAGAACAAAUGUUGGAAAGGUCAGUAUCCUAUCAAGUACUUAUAUGGGUAAAUAAAUACUUUGUAAAGCUUGUGGGUUUCGCACUUUUUGUAGCGAGCCCCAAGGAUAUGCCAUACUAUCUUAAACUGAAAUUUCUGUACUCUGAAAUGUCACUGGUGUUA